AUGGCGACGGACGGGGUGCAGGUGCUGGAGGCUGAGGCCGGGGCGGCGGGGCCGGGCUGUGAGGCCGGGGCGGCGGGGCCGGGCUGUGAGGCCGGGGCGGCGGGGCUGGGCUGUGGGGAGCCCGGGGCCGGGAGGGAGGCCAAGGCGCCCAGUGAAGCUGUGAGCGCGGAGGACAGCGGCCUGGACCACAAGUGUCUGUUCUGUAAGAUCGGCAACGAGAAGGAGGCGGUGGAGCUGCUGCACCUGGAUGACCAGUUUGCCUGUUUUAAGGACGUCCGACCAGGAGCACCCCAUCACUAUCUUGUGGUGCCAAGAAAUCACAUAGGAAACUGCAAAACCUUGAAGAAGGAGCAUGUAUCUACAGUUGAAAAGAUGGUGGAGGUUGGAAAAUCUGUACUGCAACAAAAAGGUUUCAGUGACUUGGCUGAUGUGAGGCUGGGGUUUCAUUGGCCCCCAUUCUGCUCAAUGGCACAUUUGCAUCUGCACGUCCUGGCUCCAGCCAGUCGCAUGGGAUUCCUAUCAAGAAUGGUUUAUAAAUCAAAUUCUUACUGGUUCAUAACGGUUGACCAGUUGAUUGAAAGAUUAAAGUCCCUCCCAGGAGACAGCAAAAGCUAAAUCCAUCCAGUUAAAUCCUUUUGGAUAAUUCCAGACAGUUACUUCAUGUUUUAAGACUAUUGUUGAUUGUUUAUCUGUUUGAGUUUAUUUAAUUGUACAAUGUUUCACAAAUGUCUCUGGCUUUUAUUGUAAUUGAAGAGUGGCCUUUUCUGUAUUUAAUACAAUAUGCACUGUUAUGCCCACAUAAUCCUCUUUCAACAUUUUUCUAAGCUCUGUUAAAUCUGGACUACCAAAAUGUAAUACCUUGACGUUGGACAAUGUCACUAAAUUUAGCCGGACCAGUGAUGGUUCAUUGAUAACUUUAAAAGUUAGAAAAAGUGAAGAAGUUCAAUGAGAAGAUCAUUUUGUAAGUCAUGUUUAAGUGAAAUACUCUUAUGAGAAAUAUACAAUUGCACCAACUUUAGUAUCAAACAGUUACAAAGAGGUUCUGUAAACUUUUAAUAUUAAUAAUAAUAAUAAUUUAAUAUUACUGCAUAUGAAAUAUUAAAAAUUUGGUUAUCUAGAACCAUUCACGAGACUGCUCAUGUAGUUUUAUCUGUUUUAGUUCCAUUAGUUCUCCAGGUAAUUCUGUAAGUCACACUUCUAACGUAUACUAUGGUUAACAGAUGUAACGGCUCCAAGAUGCUACACUAUGAAGGGCGAUAUAUAUUCAUUCUAACAUUAAAACUAGAUCCAUUAUUAUAGCAUAUUUGUGCCAUUUUGAACAAAAGUGAUGUCAAGUCCUAACUCAAGACUUUUGUAAAUGUAUUGUAUGAAAAUUAGAAUAAGCAUUGUGCCAUGCAUAAUACCUAUACCUCAACAAACAGAACUGAGUGUUUGGGACUAAAUAUCCCCUGUCAGCCUCAACUCUGUCCUCUUUCAUACAUAGACUCAGACAUUCUGUAUCCUGUGUUCUGUAGCUUGACCAUCCAUAUUGCCAAGCUCAAAUAUGCCCCUGACUUAUUACUACUGUUCCUAUUAUUCCCCAAGUAAUGGCAUCCUUUAGCUCAUCUCACAACCAAGUACCAUAACCAUGGUGAAGUUAAGCCAAUACCUAUUAAUUCACCAUUGGAGAGAUCACAUUAUUCUUUCUAUCCUGUACUGAUCCCUGAUUCACAUGCUAGCUAGCUUUUCUUUAAAACAUAAAAGGACAGAUUAAAAACAAAUGUUUCCGACUCAAGCUAUAAUUUGUUUUGAGAGAUAAUUUUAUUGCACCUUAAUUAUUUUGAGUGUUGUCCCAUAACCUGCUCUGCUUUUAUUGGCUGAGUGAUGUAUAUAGGAAUGACAUCUGGGUCAGCACUUUUACCUUACAUAAAACAGGAUUUUUUUAUGGGAGGGCGGAAGGGGGUGUGUGGCAUGGUUACAAAUCUCAAACUUGGGAUCUUUAAGAAUGAAUAUCUUGUACCAUUAUCUUUCCUGGUUUUCAUUGCACUCUUGACUGCAAGUUCAGAACAGUUGCUGUUUUAUCAGUGCCAGGUUAUGGAUUCAAGUUAUAAAAUAAAAAUCAUACCCCAUUGGUCCUUGCCAUAUACUCUUGCGAGAUAUGUUUAAAAUAAUUGAUUUGUUUUUGAUAAUAAAUUGAUAACAUUAA